AUGGGCGCCAGCAUCUCCAAGAUGAUGGCCAAGAUCUUCGGAGCCAAGGAGAUGCGAUUGUUGAUGCUGGGCUUGGACGCGGCAGGGAAGACGACUAUCCUCUACAAGCUCAAACUCGACCAGGACGUCACCACAAUCCCCACCGUAGGCUUCAACGUCGAAUCUGUCACGUACAAGAACACCAAAUUCAACGUCUGGGAUGUCGGCGGCCAGGACAAGAUCCGUCCGCUAUGGAGACAUUACUUCUCUGGUAUGUUGGGGCGCGAUCGCACGGUUCCUGGUAUGCAAGUGAGCAAGCGAACCCAAGGCCUCAUCUUCGUCAUCGACUCCAACGACCGCGACCGUAUCGACGAGGCACGUACAGAGCUCACAAGGAUCAUCCAGGACAGGGAAAUGAAGGAUGCGCUAUUGCUGGUAUUUGCGAACAAGCAGGAUCUCCAAGGAGCCAUGCGGCCGAAAGAAGUAUCCGACCGCCUGCAACUCGAUAAGAUUGCAAAGGACCACGUGUGGAAAGUUGAACCUAGUUGUGCAACCACAGGAGAGGGUAUCUUUGAGGGAUUGGCAUGGCUCUCCAACAAUGUCAAGCUUCCCGCCGGCGCCAAGUAA